AUGGAGGAUCGAGAAAAGGUACAAGAUUUUUCUUCUCGUGUUUCCACUAUUGUCAAUCAAAUAAAAAGCAGCGGAGAUGAAAUCAAAGAUAAAAAGGUUGUUGAAAAGGUUCUUCGAAACCUUCCUCAAAAGUUCGAUCAUGUUGUUGCUGCGAUUGAAGAAUCGAAAGAUUUAUCCAAGAUGACAAUAUAUGAGUUGACUGGAUCUCUUCUAGCACAUGAGCAAAGAAUUGAUCACUUUUUUACUCCAUCAACUGAUCAAGCCUUCAAAUCCAAUCAAGUACCAGAAGCGUUUCAAGAAGUCAUCACAACAAAUUUGGUAAGAAAAAUGAGAAGACAUUUGGUUGGAAAGGCAAAGCACCACAACAAUGAGAAGUCAAAAAGUCAAUGGUAUCUUGAUAGCGGUGCUAGCAACCAUAUGACAAACAAUAAAGAUAUAUUUGUGGAGCUCAACUCGGACAUUACUUCAACCGUUGUUCUUGAAGAUGGUUCUUAUCAAGAUGCGAAAAGAAAAGGAACCAUUGGUGUUACAACUUUGGGAGGUAACAAAAAGCCUUUCACGGAUAUUCUAUAUGUCCCUAAUAUUUCAUAUAAUCUUCUUAGUAUUGGACAACUUAUUAAGAAGGACUUCUCGGUAUAUUUUGAUUAUGAAAGAUGCAAAAUAUUUGACAAAAUGAAGAAUGUGGUUGUGGAAACUGUCGAAAUGAAAGAUAAGACCUUUUCUCUCACAUUUCCAUUGAAAAGUGACUGUGCAUUAAAAAUGGAAAAUGAAGAUUUGUCUAAACUUUGGCAUCUUCGACAUGGUCAUCUAAAUCAACGGGGACUUUAUUUGCUAAAACAGAAAAAUAUGGUGGUUGUACUUCCUUCUAUUCAAGUGAUAAAUGAUAAGACCGGGGUCCUAAGCCUUGGGUUCGUUUUUCUCGGUCGGGGUCCAAAACCCUCGGUCGCACCCAUUGGUCUAGGCUAA